AUGUCGCUCAACAUGAAGACGCUGCAGCAGGCGCUGGCCAAGGCGUCGGCGGUGAUCGAGAAGACGGUGACCACCACGGUGCAGGAGGUCACGGGCCCGCGGCCGCUGCAGGACUACGAGCUGCUCGACCAGGCGGGCUCGGGCGGCCCGGGGCUCGCGUGGCGGAUCUACACGGCGCGCCCGCGGGACGCGGCGGCAUCCACGCCGUACCCCGUCGUCUCCGUUUGGGUGCUCGACAAGCGCGCGCUCUCCGAGGCGCGGGCGCGGGCCGGGCUCUCCAGGGCGGCGGAGGACGCGUUCCUCGACCUCGCACGCGCUGACGCAGCGCGCCUCGUGCGGCUGCGUCAUCCGGGCGUGCUCCACGUCGUGCAGGCGCUGGACGAGACCAAGGCCGCCAUGGCCAUGGUCACUGAGCCGCUCUUCGCCUCCGUCUCCAACGCGCUCGGGUGCCUCGACAACGUGGGCAAGGUGCCCAAGGAACUCAAGGGCAUGACGGUCUUUAUAACUUCAAGUGGAUCUUGGAAGCUUGGAGGUUUUGGUUUUGCUCUUUCUGUUGACCAAGCCACAGGUGGUUUGGCAUCAUCGCAGCAAUUCCAUUAUUCGGACUAUGAUGUCGAAGAUACAGCUUUACCUCUUCAACCAUCUCUGAACUAUACUGCACCAGAAUUGGUCCGCAGUGGUGAUUCUAAAGUAGGCUCUACCUGUGACAUAUUCAGUUUUGGAUGCCUGGCUUACCACUUAGUGGCUCAUAGACCACUUCUGGAUUGCCAUAACAAUGUGAAAAUGUAUAUGAAUUCAUUGACAUAUUUAACAAGUGAAGCCUUUUCUAAUGUUCCUACUGAUCUGGUGGCUGAUUUGCGAAAUAUGCUAUCAGUUGAUGCAGCAUCACGCCCUAGUGCGAUGGCCUUCACAGGCUCUUCUUUCUUCCGGCAUGAUACAAGGUUGCGGGCUCUUCGUUUCCUUGACCAUUUGCUUGAGAGAGAUAACAUGCAGAAGACAGAAUUUCUGAAAGCAUUAACGGAUAUGUGGAAAGACUUUGAUUCCCGAGUUCUUCGAUAUAAAGUUCUUCCACCUCUUUGUGCCGAGCUACGUAAUAUGGUCAUGCAGCAGAUGAUUUUGCCCAUGGUUCUGACAAUAGCAGAAUCACAGGAUAAAGAUGACUUUGAACUUUCAACAUUGCCUGCUCUUGUUCCAGUAUUUACUUCAGCAUCAGGUGAAACUCUUCUUUUGCUUGUGAAGCAUGCCGAUCUCAUUAUUAGCAAGGCCACAAAUGAACAUUUGAUAUCACAUAUCCUUCCUAUGCUGGUACGGGCUUAUGAUGAUACUGAUCCCCGUCUGCAGGAAGAAGUUUUGCGACGAACAGUAACACUGUCUCGACAACUUGACAUGAAGCUACUGAAACAGUCUGUGCUGCCACGCGUGCAUGGAUUAGCUUUGAAAACUACAGUUGCUGCGGUGCGAGUAAAUGCUUUGCGCUGUUUAGGAGAUCUUGUUCCAUCGUUGGAUAAAACAGGUAUAGUAGAGAUCUUGCAGACUCUUCGGCGUUGCACAGCUGUUGACCAUUCUGCCCCAACCCUUAUGUGCACCCUUGGAGUUGCUAAUGCGAUUUAUAAACAGUGUGGUGUUGAGUUUGCUGCGGAGCAUGUGGUUCCUCUAGUCUUCCCAUUGCUCACGGCACAACACCUGAAUGUACAGCAAUUUGCCAAGUAUAUCCUAUUUGUCAAGGAUAUCACAAGCAAGAUUGAAGAAAAGCGUGGCGUGACAGUUACGGAUAAUGGGCAUACAGAGGUAAAAGUAUCGCCUUCAAUCUCAAAUGGGAUUCAUUCUAAGCCAACUUCAGGAGGCCUGGGACAAACUGGACAAAUGCCAGCUGCAAAGAGCACUUCUUGGGAUGAAGACUGGGGCCCUACUAAGAAAACCAGUGCCCCGCCACUCUCUUUUGAUUCUAGUGCUCAAACAAAGCAACCCUCAAAAGACCCUUUUGAUUUCAGUACCCAAACAAACCAACCCUCGACACUUCCCUUCGAUCUUAGUACUCAAACGAAGCAGCCAUCGACAGUCACUCAGGUUGCAGCAUCUACAAUCCCGUCUGCACAACCACUUCCAUCUCUGCAAUCUCUUGCACCUAGUUCAGGACAUCAAACUUCUGGUUCAUGUGUUCCUGUUGACAUUGAGUGGCCUCCUAGAAUGAGCACAUCAUCUGACUUUAAUGCACCAUUCUCAGCUAACAAGGAUAGUAAAUCUGGAGGGCUGUCUAACGAUGGGGUUGAUGAUGUUGAUCCUUUUGCCGACUGGCCCCCCAAACCAAGCAGCGCGGCCAGCAUUUCAGCAGUGGAGCGCCUGCCAAGCACAAAUCAAAGUAUUUCUGGGUUGAAUACAGGGAACAUGGGGUUUGGUGGUAGCAGUACUUCGCUUGGACAAAUGAAAACAAACCAGGUGAGUUGGUCAGCGAAACCAAACAAUACAAAUAUAAUGGGCAUGAAUUCAACUACCAGCUAUUUGAACCAAGGCAACUCAUCUCUGGGAUAUGGAAAUCCGAUUGGAGGACCGAGCUCAGGUCUCUCCAAUGCAGCUAGUUCCAUUGCAGGCCAGAGCAUCAGGCAACCAAAAUCUGAUUUUGGUUCACUAUCACAGUUAUCCAGUGGCACACAGGGCCCACCCAGGCUUGCCCCUCCUCCAUCUGCUGCUGUUGGAAGAGGGCGUGGUAGAAAUCAAGGGCAGUCAGCCCUCUCCCGAGCAUCACGGACUCCCAAUUCCAAUACUUUCCUGAAACAUGGGUCAGUGGAAACUGGGUUGCCUUUGUUGUUAGCCCCAAGGAAGCUGCUUCAGGAAAGGGCCUUCCUGUGGAAAAUUUUGGGUCAUACCUCAAAAGUCUGCUUCCACAACAAUGUCAAGCAAAUCCUCAAAUCCAUACUAAUGUCAUGCAACGUUAAACUCAAGCGGGCACGAAGGGCUUCCUCGUGCCUGCCCAAGGUGGCAUGCGACUCGGCCUGCGCGGCUUGCCACGCCCUCGUUCUCGUACGGUGGGCAUGCUGGUGCUCCACAGGUGUUGGGUUGUGCCGCGUGCUGGUGUUGAUCUCGGACUCGGAGUCCUCUGCCGCGGGGAUGAGGCGCCAUCACAUGGGCUGCGUCGCCAACACGGGGAUGUCGUUCCAGCGCCAUGGUACCUCUAGCCAAUGGUCAGCACGUCUGGCUCUGCCGCGGUAA